GCGAAAAGGGCGGUUUUCAGUGCCAAGGCUAUCGCCGCCCCCUUCGAUUCAUUAAUUCCACAGGGCGAAGCGCCAAGAGUAAUCUAUUGCCGCAGGGAGGAGGCAGUACUCGUAGCAUCUCAAGGCCACAGGACAUGAAGGGCGGUGCUGACAAUCACAACGUUGGAAAUGCAACCCUAUCCAGACCGACGAUUGACAAUUUGCGCUUCUUUGACACGCCGCCCUCAGGGCUAUUUUCCCAAUCUUGCUUACGUAUUUGGCCAUCUAAUGACAUUGUUUUCACCACUUCAUACGCACAUGUCGCCAUUGCAACCACUGCGGCUGACGACAAUAUCAGCGCCCUUAUCAUCGGUAGCCGUGUCUGGGCCCAACUUCAUGGAGAUGUCGCCAAACACGUCCAAAAAUUCGUUUACAACCUUCUCAUUGCGCAAGGUAUGGGCCUGGGAGUGCUGGAGAGUCACCAAUGGAUCGGUGGCGGCAUGCAGCCCUCGGCGCUUGAACUGUCUGUUGAAGCUGCUGCGCUGGCUCUUCAUGGGCGUCUCACAAAGCAUACAGUCAACUUGCAGCAGGCAAUCGUGGUAUAUCAAUUAGCGCUACGUCAACUCAGGAUUCAACUCUCUUCUACUGAUGGCAACUUCAUGCCGUCACCGACUCUCAACGUAUCACUACUAACGGUUGUCAUGAACAUGGCGCUUUUUGAGUGGAUCACGAAUUCAGCCAGCAAUGGAUGGAAAGAACAUGUUCGCGGUUUGGCCGCAUGGGUAGAAAAAUGUGGCCCCGAAGCCUUUCGACAGGAAGAUAUGAGACUCGCAUUUGAGAGAGCCAGGGCACAUAUUAUGCUGCUUCAUAUGGAAGAAGCCCGGAGAACCUACCUCGAAGACCCCUGCUGGCAAAGUAUUCCUUGGAGUGAGAAUCCGAGUCAAAAAUCCUUUGCCAAUCGCUAUAUCGAUAUUGUUUGUUGUAUCCCAGGCAUCUUGGAAGAUGAAAAGCUGCGCGUUACGAUGCGGCAAGAAUACGCCUCAAGCGACAGAACAUGGCCACAUGAUCUAUACGAAUCACUGAGGCAGCGAGUCGUCCUCCUAUAUCUUAAGCUUCUAAACUUACGUUGGGAGUGGGAGUUGCAGCAUCCCGACUGCUGUUUCGAGGUAUUCCAAGAAUCCAGGAUAGAAAGAGCAGAUGUGUUGUCCGUCAGUGAAGCCACGGGUCAGCCAAUCUUCAAUUCUGUGCUAUUCUUCACAGACUUCCGACGAGCCGUAGAGAUCAACUUCUACCACUCUUGUUUACUCAUUUUGCAUGAUAUUGCAGGCGACUUGGGCAUCAUGGACGAGCUCAAAGAGCACCAGUCAUCACGCUCGUGCUUCUCGUACAAGACAAAUCCUCCGCUAACAUUCCCACACGAAACUGAACCAGAUCGUAACGCUGUACGUGAUAUCUGCCGUAGUGUGGAGUUCCUUCUGCAGCCGACACAUGGGCCAGCGGGCGGCUAUGUUCUCAUGUUCCCUUUGCGCGUCGCACAGAUAUACCAUGAUAUUCGGCUACCAUCACGAGAUUACAGCAAAGAACAAGUGAAUGAUAUAAACACAGAAACAUCUAUGUCAGAUGACUACUACGGGGAUGAGUCGGAUGUUCGCAUUGUAGAGACGCAGUCUGGAAUGAGCGUUGAUCAAUCUGUUGUGGACCAUACAAGUUUUUCCGGCCUCGAGGAGCAAAUCGAGAGGGUGAGAAUGGAUAGCCCACAGAAAGAAAAUACUAUAUUAGAAGCGGAAAACAGCACAGCAACCAAGCUCGAACAACGUGCUAUUGUUUCGGAAUGGAUCUAGAAGGUUAUGCGAUACAUUAACAACGUACAUGGGUUUAGCAUAUCGAAAAGCUAUACUUCUUAGAUCAUGAUGUUUGGACGAAAGAGAAGAAAAGAAUUCAGAUAUCAUUAGCAUUUCAAAAAAGGAACGUUGCA